AUGUAUCUUGAUGACGGUUUUGGAUGUGGAAAAGAUUUUUCAGGAACUCAGAGUUUAGCACAUGAUAUCAAGUCAGACUUGCUAAAGUCCGGUUUUGUGCCAAAGGCAGAAAAAUCGUUGUGGGUACCGGUUCAGGUUUUGCAGUUUUUAGGCUGUACUAUUGAUUCGGAGCGUUUUAUUCUGUAUGUUACAGAGAGUAGGGUUGAAAAGAUUCUGAAAACUUUAGAGUAUAUCGAGGAGACAGUCAGGAAAAGUAGGAGGGUGCCAGCUAGGAAAGUGGCCAGUUUAGUGGGACAAAUUAUUUCUAUGAGUGUUGUGAUUGGUAGUGUGUCUCAGAUUAUGACGAGGUAUAUCAGCAUGGAUAUUUCACAGGUUUUUUCUUGGAGUGCCUAUAUUAAGUUGUCCGACGAGAGCCUAUUACAACUUAAAUUCUGGAGAGAAAACGUGAACAACAUUAAUGUCAAAACACUGAGUGAGGUUGAAAAGUGUUCUAAAAUAAUAUACAGUGACGCAAGUGGUUCUGGUUUCGGUGGGUACGAGGUUAAUACAGUGAAUGGUGUAGCACACGGGGUGUGGACAGAGGAGGAGAGCGGUAAAUCUUCAACAUGGCGGGAGUUAGUUGGUGUUUUGAGGGUUUUAAAAUCUUUAGGAACCACAUUAAGCGGUCAUCGUGUGAAAUGGUUUACGGAUAACACAGGGGUCUUUAAAAUCGUAGAUAAGGGUUCUAUGAAACUUGAUUUGCAGUUAGUUGCGAAGGACAUAUUUCAUACUUGCAUUAAGUAUGCUAUUUCAUUGGAAAUGGAAUGGAUACCAAGGACGUUAAAUGAUAGGGCAGAUUAUCUUUCAAGGGUUCUCGAAAAAGAUGAUUGGGGAAUUUCCAUCAAUAGUUUAAAUAUCAUUAUUCAGAGAUGGGCAACACUUGACGUUGACUGGUUUUCAUCGGAACAUAAUGCAAAGCUACCAGUCUUUUUCUCAAGAUUUUGGAGUGAGGGCUCCACAGGGGUGGAUGCAUUUGUUCAUUAUUGGGGAGAUAGUAGAGGUUUGUUCGUACCUCCACCUUGUUUGAUUCUACGAGUUGUGAGAAAGAUGAUUUAUGAAAAAGCACAGGGUGUGUUGGUAAUUCCGUUGUGGAAAUCAGCUAUGUUUUGGUCUGUUAUAUCUAAGAAAGAUGGUACAUUUAUACCACAGAUUUCAGAUUAUAUCGAUUUACCUACAGCAAAGGAGUGGUUCACACCAUGUAAGAGUGGUGUAGGAAUUUUUGGUAAUUUAGAUCUGAAGUUCCGAAUGUUAGCACUUUUUAUGGACUGUUAA